AUGGAAGAGUGCAAGAAGGACCGCUUGUUGAUUAAUGGAAAGAAAGUUGUUUCUUUCUUUAAAGUAAUGAUUGCAGAAACUUUCCUGGAAGUUCUGUUUUUUCCUCCAAAGUUUGCUCGUUCAGUUCCACACCUAACUGAUCGGGAGGUUUAUUUGGAGGACUCACGUGGACGACGAUGGAUGGCAACAGUGUGCAACUAUAAUGGUUCACUUGCUAUUCGACAGGGAUGGGACAAAUUUUCAGCUGAGCAUGAUCUAAAAGUGGGUGAAUUUUUGCUUUUCCAUUAUGUUCCGGAUGAUCGCCACUUCAUUGUUCAAAUAUUCGGAACAAGUGGUUGUGAAAAGACCAAUUUUGGCAGUGACAUUGGCCAAGCAAAACAAAAUGAAAGGACUUAUCAGGAAACAACAACCCCCUUGCUGGAUCCAAAAGAAGCAUCUCAAUCUGCUACUCUUCUUCGCUCAGACUCUGCCAGUGUUGCUGUAAGUUUAGCUAUUUGA